ACUUACUCGAGUGGUUUCACUCGGCAAAAUCUAUCAAGCUACGCGUACCGACUCGACGUAUUUUUCAAACCGUCAAGGAAAGUCGGCGAAUGGCUCUCAAAGGAAUCCGUGUCCUCGAGAUGGCUGGCCUGGCUCCGGCCCCUUUCUGCGGCAUGUUGCUACGAGACUUCGGAGCUUCCGUGAUUCGAAUUGACAGGCCAGAACCGCAGUUGGAUGCAGAUCGCCUGGGCAGGGGCAAGCGGUCUAUCAUGAUCGACCUGGGGAAGAAGAAAGGGGCCGAUUUGCUGCUAAAAAUGGCCAAGAAAUCUGACGUUCUACUUGAGGGCUACCGCCCAGGAGUGAUGGAGCGUCUGGGUGUCGGGCCCGACGUGCUCCUAAAGUCAAACCCGCGGCUGGUGUACGCCCGCCUCACGGGGUUCGGCCAGACGGGGCCCUUCUCUGCCAUGGCCGGCCACGACAUCAACUAUGUCGCAAUGUCCGGCGUUCUGUCCAUGUUGGGCGCGUACGGCCAGAAGCCGCAGCCGCCAGUGAACUUGAUGGCGGACUUCGCCGGCGGCGGCCUGCUGUGCGCGCUGGGCAUCUGCAUGGCGCUUCUCGAACGGGAGCGCUCCGGCAAGGGACAGGUCAUCGACGCGAGCAUGACUGAGGGCUGCGCGUACGUGAGCACCUUCCUGUGGAGGACGCGCAGCUCCAAGAUGGCGCUGCCCAUCUGGAUCGACGAGCGCGGAGGAAACAUCCUGGACGGCGGCGCGCACUUCUACAACGUGUACGAGACCAAGGACGGCAAGUACAUGGCGGUCGGGGCACUAGAGCCGCACUUCUACAAGAUCCUCGUGGAAGGCCUGGGUCUGGAUCCGGAGGAAGUGCCACAGUUCUCCGAGUGGGACAAGUGCAAGCAGGUGUUCGCCGACGCGUUCAAGCGGAAGACGCAAGCCGAGUGGUGCUGCCGUGUUCGACCUGACGGACUGGCUGCGCGGUGCCCGUGUUGGACCUACGACAAAGUCAGCGAGCACCAGCACAACGCGCACCGGGGCGCCUUCAUCGAAUGCAAGGACGGGCCGCCGGUUCCCCGUCCGGCGCCGCUGCUGCUGAGGACGCCAGCCGAGCCGGACAUGGAGGAGCCGCUGAUCGGCGAGCACACCAGGCAGAUCCUCCAGGAAGUGCUCGGAAUUGGGGACGCCGAGGUGCAGAAACUGAUAGACGACAACGUGGUCGCGGCACCCACCUACAAGCUCAAGUCCAAGUUGUAGUCUACGUAUUAACAUAAACGGCGCGUGUGGCCAUUCCUGAACAUCGGUUGCACGUCUUCGUGGCCGAAGCGCGCACAGGAAGAUGUAUCUUUUGGGGUUCAUAGAGAGUUUUCGAAUUGGGGCCCCAAAGAAAUAGCUUCAAGUCCACUGCGCAUGCGCGAAACCCGAACUGCGUUUGGGUUGGGCACGCUGUUUCUUGAAUUUGGCGGGAGCCCCAAAACCUGCCCCAAAAGUUUUGGAUUAAGGCAAACGUGGCGGCACCCACUGAAGUGACGGUUCUCGGCCAAGACUAGAGUAAUAGGGGAGUGUCGAAAGCGCCGCAAACCCUAUACAAAACUCAUUGCUCCUGCUUAAGCCUAUAUAAGGAUCCAUACGAAAAGGGCUUUUGGGCCCCUAUUCGAAAACUCCCUGGUAUCUCUACACACUGAUAUGCGCAGGCCGUAUACAGUGUUCUCUAUACAACACACGAACAUACAGAAAAGCGUCGUACCCCUCCCGCGAAAUAGAUAUCUGGCUGCGAGUGCCCCUCAUUAACAGGUUCUGCACCAUAUGAAAACUGAAGUGCCUUAAAUGAUCACAGGGUUACAGUAGCAUGAAAAUCCGUGGAAGGGGUCGCAUAUACAUCUACUUAAAAGCAUGCUCAUGUGCAUGGUUUGCGUGCUAAAAAGCGUGAGGAAGUGGCAAAAAACAAUCAAAAUAUUUCACUUAUAUGAAAGCACUACAAAUAUAUCGGACCAGAGUAUAUGGGACCAGUCGUAAAAUUGUUGUUGCACCGUAAGUUAUUUGCGCGCCAGGUGAUGUGUCGGUCCUUCGAUCCGAGAGAAAAUGUCGCAAAGGGCUGUGAGCAUUCACACAAAUAGUGCUUGCGCAUCACACAGGCUGUGCACAAGUAGCGCUUGUGCAAAUCUUGCUGCAUCCGCACAAGCUGUGCUUCGACCACUCGCCUGUGCUCGUGGGAGUCGCUGUAUAUAAAAUAUGAAAGGAAUAAAAGAGUUUUUCUAUUUAA